AUGGCGCCCCGGGCAAAGCCGAAGCCUGCACAGUCAAGAAACGAUGCAGUUCAAGCAUCGAAGUCGGUCCCGCCGAAUUGGCCGCCUUUGAGUCCAGUCGUGCCCGCAGAACAUCUCCUCGUCGAGACCGUGCUUGCGGGCCAAAUCCUGGUCGUAAGGAACCUGUUCACGUCCAGCUUAUGCAGGAAUUAUACCUCCUUCCUGUCUUCUUUACCAUUGACUACAACGCCUGGAAAGCCGAAGCGAGGAGAGGCGACUCGCGUAAAUGAUCGCUUCCAGGUGGAUGAUCCUGUGUUCUCAAGAAGGCUGUGGGGGCAGAGUGGUCUUCAAUCCUUGGUGAAUUCCUUUGAGGACCAGACUGUGUUUGGAGGAAAGUUGCUCGGGCUGAACCCAAACAUCAGAGUGUAUCGAUACCGGCCUGGUCAAUUCUUCGACAAGCAUUACGAUGAGAGCGUUAGAUUACAAUUUGGCCAGGACAAGGUACAUGCCAAAACAACCUGGACUCUGCUCAUUUAUCUUACAACGUGUGAUGGUGGCGAGACUGCAUUCUACCCUGAACCAUCCAAAAAAGGCGAAACACCACCAGAGCCGAUUGUAGUCUCACUUGAAGCUGGAAUGGGCUUGCUUCACAAGCACGGCGACGACUGUCUGCUCCAUGAAGGGAAAGAGGUGAGGAGCGGUGAGAAAUGGGUAUUGAGAAGUGAUCUGGUCGUUCAGAGAUGA